AUGACGCUGAAUAGAUCCGAGGUUGGAAAACAUACCACCAUCAAUAGUUGUUGGGUGAUCAUCAACGAGAAUGUUUAUGAUGUUACGGAGUUUCUCAAGGAACACCCUGGAGGAGCCAGUAUCAUUCUUGCGCAUGCAGGUCGUGAUGCUACUCAAGCAUUUGAAUCCUUUCAUCAGGCGGAGAUUAUCGAUCAGAACCUUGGCCCAGAAAAGAACUUAGGCACCGUCACGCAAGACUUGUCCAGCACCAGUCAUGCAGAGGGAGUAAUUCAAUCACCUCGACCAAAGCCUAAGCUAUCAUUUGUGAUUAGUCUUUCAGACUUCGAACAUGCUGCUGCAAAGAGUCUUCCCGCCAGUUCAUUUGCAUUCCUGAAAUCCGGUGCUGAGGAUGAGUAUGCCUCCAACUGGAAUCGCGAUAGCUGGAAAGCAAUUCGUUUCCGCCCGCGUGUUCUACGACGAAUUGAGAGUGUUGACAUCUCAUGCACUCUCUUGGGCACUAAGCUUUCAGCCCCUUUCUUUAUUUGCCCAGCAGGGGGUGCAAAGCUAGCCAACACCAAGGGCGACCUGUGUUUAGUCAAAGCUGCUGCUCGCCAUGGAAUCCUACAUUGGGUUUGUAACAACUCGGCCAUUUCUCAGCAAGAUAUGGCCACUGCGCGUGCACCAGAUCAAACGUUAUACUGGCAAAUAUAUGCCAUGACUGACUUGAAAAUCACUGAAAAGCAAAUCAAGGAAGCUGUCAGGCUAGGGUACAAAGGGUUCGCAUUGACCGUUGAUGCAAUUCGAGCUGGAAAGCGAGAGCGGGAUCUACGGGUUGCAUCUUUGGAUACAGAGCAAGAUGAAGAGGACGACUUGGAUACCGCAGAAAGCUUUUCAAAAGAGCCAACUGUGCAGCGGCCGCCCGUCUGGUCGAGUUUUGAUUGGAAAUCUUCCAUCGAGUGGCUCCGGAAAAUGACAAGUCUACCCAUUGCUAUCAAGGGUAUUCAAUGUUGGGAAGACGCACUGUUAUGCAUGGAAUACGGAGUCCACCCAUGGCUUUCUAAUCAUGGUGGCCGUCAAUUGGAUGGAGCACCAUCUGCCGUGGACACUCUUUUGUCCAUUCGAAAUCAUUGUCCCGAGGUCUUUGACAAAUGUGAGGUCAUCGUCGAUGGGGGUGUUACCCGAGGCUCGGAUGUAGUCAAGGCUGUUGCACUCGGCGCGAAGGGCGUUGGCCUUGGAAGACCAUUCUUGUACUCUCUCGUAUUCGGCGAGGCUGGAGCAAGCAAGGCUAUUCGAAUUUUGAAGCAUGAGAUUGAGACUACCAUGGCAUUGUUGGGUGUGACAUCAGUCGAUCAAUUAAGUCCAUCUUAUGUUGAAACCUCGUUAUUAUAUCCUUACGCACGGUCAAUCUUGUGA